AUGAAUAGUGACGGUUUGAAAGCUCCAAUUCCUGUAAGGAAGACUCCACUUCGUGUGUUGAGGGAUGGUGUCGGGUUACACAGGCCUCGUUCUUCUAUAGGGCUUGCUGGCCUUAAUGAUAAUGUGUCUUCGACUAAUAUUGCUAAAGUUGAAUUUGGUAGGGCACAAUCGGCUACACCUACGAAACAGAAACUGUUUAAUGGGAUGGAUGCUGAGGAUAUUGUUCAAGAGAGGCUGCAUUGUUAUGGGUUGGAUUAUCCUGUUGAUAUGGCUGUGUUUGAUAAGAAGAAGUAUGAUCGCAAUUCGAAAUGGUUUAGCAGAGACAAGAAACCCCUAUUUCCUGUGAAGGACUGUCUUCCCUAUGAGACUGAGACACAUUUGGAUCAGGCUAGUUAUAUGUGUCAUGUCUUGGUGAACUUGUAUAUAGCUAUUGGGUCCAUGGACUUACAGGGGCUUAUAGCUAUUUCUAGCAAAGAUUUGGCGAGUUUGAAGCAAGAAGUCGAUAAUUUGGCUUUGAAUACGGAUCUCUUUCGAUUCAACCAUUAUGCAGGAGAUGCAGUUUCUCCCGUGAACUUCUAUAUCAACGAUGAAGAGGCUCUGGAUGAAGAGUUUUUGGAACAAAUGGGGUCAGAACAGAACUCGAGAGGGAAAAUUACCGCCAUUUCUGCUACAAUUAUAAAUUUAAAUCACUGGGCAAAUGAACUGAAAAAUUGUUUAAGUUUCGACUUCCCGCUUACUUUGAGGAAGUCUCUAGCGACUGUUUUCUAUUAUUUGUCGUUGGUGAGAGGUCAGAAAUUGAACAGACACAUGUGUGUAGACUUAUUUGAAUAUUUGGUAAGCACAGAUGAUCACGGAACAAAUUUCACAGAUCUAUUAGUUGAUUUGGAUUUGACUUUGAAUCAUAAGAUAUUGUUCGAUUUCUUGUUGGAAUUCUUACCUUAUCCCGAUUCAGACUAUGUCAAAAUGGAUAUAUCUUCUAGGGAAGAUCAACAAUUAUUCAAGCUGUUCUUGAGAUUGGCUCAUGUAGCCAAACCAUUUUUCAAAAAUACAGGAAAAGACAUCAUGAAACAAUCCAUGGAUAACCUAUUAUCAAGUUUGGCACCUUCCACUAUGUCCGUAGUGUUACCGAUGAUAACAGCUUGUGUGCCUUAUUAUUACCAAGAUGAUAAUACUAUUAGUGAUUACUUCCCUUUUUUUUUCAGCUUGUGGGGUUCUGUGACAGCCACUGUUGCGCUUGAUACUCACAUGUAUGAUUUUGUUGGAACCGUAUUAGAAGAUUCAUACUGGAAACAUCUCAAGGGAGAUGAAUGUUCCAACCAUAUCGAUUUAAAAAAAUAUGGUCUGUUAACAGAUGAGCAGCUUGAUUUCAUGUUCAAUAGAUUGCAGUCUCAUCUGAGGUCAGACGGCCAAAUCCAUUCCUAUUCAAGAACAAUUAAACCUUUUAUAUAUGCCAUUAAUGGAUCGGAUUCCGAUGAUUAUUUUGCCAAGUUAUCUGCCUUGAUAAAGUCAAUAGAGACAUAUGUACAUCCUUCCAAUAAUGGGUUUUGGACAAAACCACUGGCAAAAUUUGUACAUGCGUUUAUAAAAUCAUAUCACGAAAGAGUUAAAAAGGAAGAGAGGCUGGAGUUAAAAAAUCAAAAUGAUGUAUUAGUAUUGAAUUCUGCAAACCACUCGAAAUUGCUAUCUUUGGUUGUAGAUAUAUUGUUUUCAGGGUCUCAAAAUAAGAAUGAAAACGUAGCAAACUAUUAUAUUUCAUGUUUUGCAUAUCUAUUGAACCUAUUCCCUGAAAACUCUCAUAUUAUAUUUGAUAGAGUUUUAAAAGACUUAUCUAGUGCUCUUUCUGGCGAAUAUGUCAAUUCAAGGCAUAGAAUACUGUCGUCCCUUAAACAGUUUACCAGAAUUAUCCGUUAUAUGGUUGAAGAUAGAUUGUAUCGAGUUCACAUAACCAAUAUUCUAUCGACUUUGGUGACAAAAAUAGAUACCAAUGACUUAUCAUUGGUAAGCAAUAUAUUUAAUGCAAUUGUUUCCAUUGCUUCCUUUAUUCCCCUCGAAAAUUUUGUAAGAAAUGAUGAAUAUUUUUCGUUUGCAUCACAUACCCUUCCAUUUAUAGAACAACAUUUUUACAGUAUUAAAGCAGAUGAAGAGGAUUACAAGUUUGAAUAUGAUGAAGAAUUCUUAGAUCUAGCCUUUAGGUCUUCAACGACUAUUUUUGAAGGCAUUUUAACAGAUUACGUCGAGAAAAUAUUUUUGCUAGUAAAUGAGGAUCUAGAGGAUGGUUUUGUAACGAAAAUUAAUAAUACUACAAUGAUUUUGAUUGAAGAUAUGGAUGAUACCAUAUUCGAAACAUUUUCUCAGCAUUUUGAAAAGCAAUUUUGGAAAAUAGAUUCAUUUGGGGAUUCUUCCCCAAAUUAUGAAUUAGUUACAAUACCACUGGCGGCUAUUGUAAAAAGGAAUAGCUCCUUUAGUAAUAAUUUGGUGAAACAAUUGAUGUAUAAUAUAGAAUUACAAAUCCAAAAAGGUGCUGGCUCUGUUAGAAGUUCCAGUAAAGUUCAAAGAAGGGACUUUAAAUUAGUGUUAUAUCUAACCGCACUCAAUGAUGUUUUAAGAGAAUCUCGUAGUGCUAUUUUAGAUUUUUCUGACGAAUUGAUUGAAUUUAUGAGAUUCCUUUACACUAAUAUAACGAACCCUCCCUUGGACAUGAUAACAUCGAUUAUCGUUCACAACGUUUUGGCAAGUUUAACAACGACAGAAGUCGUUGAAUAUCAAAUGUUUUCUGAAACAUCUGAUAUACCACAGUCAGAAAGGUGGGGUGGUUUACAGUUUGAUAAACGAAAAUUUACAGAAGAAAAUUUGAAUUUCAAGUGGUAUGUACCUAGUAAUAAAGAAAUUGAAACUGUGUUGAAAAUUAUGACGUCCAUUUUAGAUUUAUGUGAAACAAAUAUGAAGGAAUUUAUGAAUACAUCUAAUUAUGACACAGCUUCUGUAGAUAGGAUUCAAAAGUACAUUUUAAUAAUGACACAUGUGAUAUCAGGGUCAAGUCUGUUGUUCGAUCCUGAUUUUAAUAAAAAUAAGUCAAAGCCUCCCAGUGAAAUGACAUAUAAUGAAAGGCUACUGUUAUUGAAAAAUCUGAGAGAAAAUAGAUGUGAUGAUGAAGAGCUUGAUAUAGACAUUGAGCCAAUUCGUGAGGACAGUGGGGAUCAUGAUUAUUAUGAAUCCCAUUAUUCAGAUGAUGGUAUUGGUGGCGUAGAAAUGGCAGAACCUUCUGUAGAUCAAUUGAUACUUGAUGAUCCUGUAGAUAUUUCGGAAACCCCUUCAGUCAUCAGUACUCCAGUCCCUGGACAACAUGUUGAUAUGAGUUCAUCAGCUAUGAAUUCUAAUUUAGUUUUCAGAGAUAUUGAUAUUUUCAGUUGUAACUAUCUUUUUGGAAGAAGUAUCGAAGAUAAAUUUCAAUCUCCAGAGUAUUUUAAAGUCCACAAGCUUAGGGCCAUAGUAGGAAAAUUGUUCCACAAGUUGUUUAUCAAUUUAUCACAGAAUUUUGAAAACAAUACAAUGAUUUUCCAGGUCCUGUUACAUGGUAUGAAAGUUUGGUUUACUGACAUCGGACAAGAGACGAUCUUUACUGACGAUUCGUCUGCAUGUUUAGAUAUGGAUUUCAUUGAGAAUAUCCAAAAUAUUUCUCAAAACUAUGAACCAUUUACAAGAACAUGUUUGGCAUUGAAAGCUAAUAGUUACCAUCAUAGCCGUGUUUUGCUACAUUCAACUAAUAGAUGGCCAUCUAAAUUGGAGAAAAUAGUGUUAAGAGACAUAUUUCAGUUAGCUAUAUCAGUAUAUCCUGAUGUUUACAGGCCAGCUCAAGGUACACUUAUCCAUUGUAUGAAGCAACUGAUAGGUUCGUACGCUUUUGUAAUCAAAAAUAUAGUGGAAUCUUUGAAUAGUUCAUUGAAACUUCGUGAUAAUAUGAAAAUUGAAGUUAUAUUAAAAUUGAUGAUGAUAAAGAAAGUGCAUCAUAAAUUGAUGUCAGACUACAGAAAUAUGGAAAAAGUAGUUUUGCUAUUGAUAGAAUGUUCUAAAAUAAAGGAACUUGAGAUUGCAGUUUAUGCUGAAAAAAUAUUGACGGAUUUUGUUACUAAAUUAAAAAUUCCAUCAAGUGUCUGUAUAUUUGAUAAUAAUAUAUUAUUGUCACUGGCGCCUCCGGAUAAUUCUAUUAAUAUCCAAGUAGAUGCUGUAAAAGCGGCAAAAUCAAAGAAAAGGGAAUUUAUCUUCUUACAAUUGUUCAAUUUACAAGAUAAACUAAUUGAUAUCCUUGAUAAUGUGGGGGAUUUGAAUUGGAGGGUUACUGUCUUCCUGAUUAGAUUUAUAUCUAGAGUACAAACCAAUUUAGAAACAAAAUUAGCUAAGAGAGCAAUCAAUGUCAUUUUUAAACAAACGUUGUCUAAACAUCCGGAGAUAAUAAGGGUUAGUAUCAGAUCUAUAAUCAGCAUUACGAAUAAAAUUUUUGCUUUAUCAGACUAUAAAUAUGAUAUUUCAAAGGCCUUUGAAAGUUCAUUCGAUCCUGACUUUAUUUCAAACAUUGAUACAAGAGCAAAUGAUUUCUCAGAAAGUUUCCGCAAAGAGUUUGACAACUUCGACCAACCUACAUAUUAUAUUGAUUCAAAGGCUUUUAAAGGUUGGCUAUGUUGGGGCCCUUCGAUGAAAGUUGUAAAUUCUAAAACCAUUGAAGUAGACUUAAGGAAUUCAGAAAUUGAAGUACUGAAAGAGCUUGGAAGCUUAUUGACCAAAGAUUGGCUACAAAAUAUAAUUACUCAUUUUAUUCAAGAUAAUGAGACAAAAAGUGUCUUAUCAAGCGGCAAUGUCUCAUUUUUUGUAUUAACAUUAUUCAUUUUGACUAGAAACUUUAGCGAGGUUACAUUGAAUGACUAUUUCGAUAUAUGCUUAAAUACAUACAAUCGAUAUGAUAAAGCUUCUAUGAUUACAUCUUUAGAAAUAUUCACAUCACUUAUAACUGGAAGUAAGUAUAUGGAAUCCGAAGAUCUGAUCUUACGUGAUACAUUCGUUGAAAAAUAUCUGGACGAAUGUUUGGGGACUGAGUUGAAUCAUGAUACAUAUGAAAUUUGGAACACAGUUUGCUGGUGGUUACCAACAAUUGUAGAUAUAAGACGAUGCCCACCAUUUUACCAAUUCUUCUCGAACUUUGAGUCUAUGAUGAAGAUUUCAUCGGAUGCACCUGCUGAACAGGCUUCUAAAAUAUUAAUGUUCAGAAGUAUUCUAAUCAGUAUGGAAUUCCGAUCACCGGAUAUGCUUUCUGUUUUUAACUUUCUGUCAUUCAACCAUCCCUAUGACCAUGUUCGUGAAUCAAUUGCAAAGUUAUUUUCUACAAUUAUUCAGAAUACUAGUAAUCCAUCUUUGAGUAGCCCAGACUUGUUGAUACAGAAUGCCAAUAGCAAGCCUGAUGGUUUGGGUGUACAAAUUAAGCGUAUGCCAAAAGUUAUAGAUGAAUUUAUCAAAAAACAAUUCAAGAAUAUCUUGAAGGAAGUUGAUGUUAUUGAGAAUAUGACUCCUCAAGAAAUUCUGAAGACACCAUUUUUUUACAUGUCUUCUACAAUGUGUUAUUGGAUGAAAGAAGUUUCUAGGGGUCCAAACAAGAUGUUAUUAGUUCCCUAUGCCAUUGAUUAUAUUCAGCCAUUUCUAAUCAAUUUGAUCAAACACAAGGACGUUUGUAAGUUAGCCGGGAUUGAUCCAUCCUUGUUAUAUGUAGGGUUGGCAUAUAUUCCUAUUAGAAAAGAGGAUAAAGGAAAGGUAGUCCAUGCAAUUUCUAAUGACAGCUUAAUGGAAACUUCGAAUCAAAAGCAAUUACAAUUGAGUUUAGUGCAACAUUUUUUCUCCUCUCAAUUGCUACAAUUGGAAAACGAGGACAAGAACAAAAUUUUUGAGUUUGUUGUUCACAAUCUGUUCAAUGAACAGUUUAUUGAGGUCAGAUUACGUGCAGCUGAUGUUUUAUCAGAUAUUAUUCAUAAUAUUGGUGACUCGGAAGAAGUUCAGAAAUUGAUUGAAAAAUUUGACCACAAUCUAGGAAAAUACAGUAUGGAGAAGAGAAAGAAAUUGUCGAAAACAAACGUCAAGAUUCAUGGUAGUAUUGUUGGUCUUGGGGCUAUUAUAUCUGCGUUCCCUUAUAUUUUUCCACUUCCAGACUGGAUUCCAAUUCAAUUGGGCAAGCUAACAGAAUGGGCAAGAACAAAUGGACCAGCAGGCACAGCUGCAAAGAAUAUCAUAAGUAAGUUUAAGAAAGUAAGAACAGACACUUGGCUUUUCGAUAAAGAAAAAUUUACCCCUGACCAAAUUGAAGAUCUCGAAGGUGUCCUUUGGAGAAGUUACUAUGCAUGA